AUGAAUACAUCAAAACUAUUAAGUUUGGUGCAAUUAUGUAUUCCUCCAUUAGACAAUAGCAAACACAAAGGUCAAGCCGGUAGAAUAGGCAUCGUUGGCGGUUCAUUAGAAUACACUGGAGCACCUUUCUUUGCAGGAAUAAGCGGCUUAAAAGUUGGAGCUGACCUAGUACAUAUAUUUUGUGCUUCUCAAGCAGCUACUGUAAUAAAGUCUUAUAGUCCCGAAUUAAUUGUUCAUCCUUUGUUGGACCAUAAAAAUGCUAUCAAAGAAAUAUCACCCUGGCUAGAGAGACUACACGCAAUAGUUAUUGGACCUGGUUUGGGUAGAGAUACCAACACUUUUUCAACUGUGGGUGAAUUAAUUGGCAUUGUUAAAGAGAAAAAAAUCCCAUUAGUAAUAGACGCAGAUGGUCUUUUUCUCAUAACUGAGAACAUUAAUUUAAUUAAAGAUUUUUCCUCCCCAGUCAUAUUAACACCUAACAAAAUUGAAUUUGAAAGACUUUGCAAUAAGGUCGAUAUGAGUAAAGGUAUAAAUCAGUUAGGCAAUUAUGUAACUAUAUUGAAGAAGGGAGAAAUGGAUGAAGUUUUAAGCCCUGCUGUUUGUGCGCAGUGGCAAUUGAACCUAGGUGGUUCUGGUAGACGAUGUGGUGGACAAGGGGAUGUAUUAUCAGGAUCUAUAGCCACAUUUUUGCAUUGGAUUUUAAAUAAUAAAGAGAACAUAUCAUUAGAUGAACCUGUUGACAGACAGUUAUUGGCUUCAUCUCUUGCCUGUUAUGCGGCAUCAGCCCUAGUAAGAAAGUGUAAUGAAAAAGCAUUUAAAGCUAAGGGACGAAGUAUGCUUGCAAGUGACAUGAUUGAGUAUAUACAUGAAGCCUUUAUGGAAUUGUAUAAAGUUUAA